UUGACUAAAUGUGAAACUGAGGUGAAAAGGAGGAAGUCUUUCUAAUCUGUCCACUCAUCACUCCACCGUAAAACAGUGGAUAACUGUAUUCUCACAAACAACAUCUUAACAUUGAGAUCCAUUUCACAUGCAAUGGACCUGAGUGAGUCCUGGGAGACCGUGGUGAAUGAGACCAGCUCUGUGAAUGAAAGCCUUCUGCACUACACUGAUGAAGACUAUGAUGAAGAGAUUGUCCUGCUGUGUGACGAUGUCGACGCGUUAGGGGAGGUCACGGCUUGUUGCUUCCUGGUCAUCUUCCUCCUCAGUGUCACAGGUAACGGGUUGUUGCUGGUUGCCUUGUGUCGUUAUGAGGACCUGAGGAGGGUCACCAACCUGUUCGUCCUCAACCUGUUGACCUCUGACCUCCUAUUCACCCUGACCCUGCCCUUCUGGGCAGUCUACCACCUCUCCCACUGGCUGUUCGGUGACCUGGCCUGUAAGCUGUUGACGGGGGCGUACUUCACCGGGCUCUACAGCAGUAUGAUGCUGCUGACCUCCAUGACUGUUGACCGCUGUGUGACAGUCGUCGUCUCCCACUGGGUUGCCGUGCCCCGGAGACGACUGAGGUUCGCAUGGGCUGCCUGCACAGCAUCAUGGGUAGUCAGCCUGGCUGCCUCCCUCAGUGAUGUCAUAUCCUCCCGGGUACAGGAAGUGGAAAACGGGACAAGAAUGUUCACUUGUGAGGUCUCACCUGGAACUACGGAUGAGGAGAAGCUGGGCUACUACCUGCAGGUGUCCCUGCUCUUCAUCCUCCCUCUCAUCAUCAUCAUCCUCUGCUACAGUGCCAUUCUCAGGACGGUCCUGGUAACUGCGACCAGGAGACGACACCGCACAGUGCUGGUGGUCUUCUGUAUCGUGGUAGCGUUCUUCGUCUGCUGGGCGCCGUACAACCUAACCAUCUUCCUCUUGUCUGUAUACACUGACUGUGAGGUCACGAAGAGGCUGUAUGUUGUGUACGUUGUGUGUCGUAUUUUGGCCUACGCCCACUGCUUCCUGAACCCUGCUCUCUACAUGCUGUCUCACUCCUUCAGACAACAUCUCUGGUCUCUGCUGUGCUGUCUGAUAGGGGAGGAGAGGGGAGGGCAGGGGGGAGAAGGGGAGAGGAGUCUGGGACACAGUACAUCCCACGUCACCCCUAGACCAAGAGGACCAGCUGUGGUACUUCAGGACCCUAGAGAGAAUAACUAUACAGCUACAUGGCUGGAGAUAAGAUCCUUGCAGGAAUGAACUAUGCAACUUUCUCAAUGACUUUCUAUUGGCAAAAGCUUUUUUCCCACCCUUUCUAAUGGUCAGCAAAGGCCAUGUUUAUAGCUUUGGUUCUGAGGAAUGAGGAAGUGAGAUAAGCCAAAACAAAACAAUUUGAAUCCCUGGAUAUGAUUCUGUGAUACACAGAAUGUGAACGCCCUGUUCAGUCCAGAAGUGAUUCUGUGAAUAAGUAUAUGCUAUCUUCAUACAAUAUGAAGACAAUAAAAUACAUAUUUUUCAUGUAGAAUAUGUAAAGUACUAUAUUUACCAAUGGUUCAUGUAAAACUGGAAAGAUAUGCUUUGUGUGGUGUGUGGUGAUAUGCUCAGUAAAUAAAAAGCUGUGC